AUGAGCAGGACGAAAUCGUCGAGCUCUUCGGAUCGCCGAAUGCAUCCAGAUCAAGAGCAUGGGAGGGAGGUGAAGGUGGAGGGAGCAGGAGUGGGGCUGAGCGGUCAACCCAACCAGGAGAGGGGAGGGAGGAGAUUGAAUGACGGCAAUUAUGAAGCACUGAUGGAGGAUAACUCUGAGAUAAGCGAAGACGAGAAACAGCAGUUGAUCAAGAUGCGAAAGGCGCUGGAGCACGAAAUGGAAGAAAUGCAGAAGAUAUAUCAGGAAUUCUCUGGCAAGUAUGGGAUCUCCGCCGGAGAAAUACAAAGAGACGAGAAUGAUCUAAGAAUGCAGAUUCAAAGCAUCGACGAGAGACUGAACGAGAUUGAUAAACAGCAGUCGAGCGAGUUCAGGCAAUUCGAUUCCUUGACAGGAUCAGAUGCGAACUCAAGGAACCUCGGGGAAAGACAAGCAAUGGAAUCGAGAGGGAAGGAACAAAACCAGUUGAGAACGACGGACUUUCCUCAGAUGGAAAUGCCAGCAACUUCGUCGAUCGAUUGCAGUCUGGCGGAGCUGGGGUUUACCAUGGCAUGUCUACGCAAGAUGACAGCUAUUUCUCCGAGUCAGCUGGCGUCAGGUGAUGGCCGACUUCGUCGAUCCAACGGGGACGAGAGUUACAAUGAAGAGGAUGAUGAUGACAUUUCAUCGGAGGGAUUGGAGGAGCUCAAAGAGUACCUGUGGAUGGUAAAACCAGAGAAAUUUCACAAGAUUGCUGCUAUGAAUGGCAUUGAGGACGUCUCUGGGCGUUCAAGACACGAUAUGGUGGAGCAUCUCAUGGAGCUGUUCUUGAACUCGAACGAUGGGUUGCAGCUCCCGGACGAAAGCAGCGAAAGCGAGCAGGAGGACCUUUCGGAGGGGCUCAACACUCGAGGGAGGGCGACACUGCAGCUAGACACCAUCGCCUCGACCCCAGAGUCAGAGCGAGUGGAGGAAGGAGAACGUCGACGGGACUGGGCAGGGGAGACGAAGGAGGGACAGGAUCGACAAGGCUGGGGGAAGGAGGACCUGGACGACUUUUCACGGACUCUGCGGAGGGAGCAGCUGAGGCGGAGACGCGCUCCUUCUGCUCACUCAGCCGCUUCCUCCCAGUCGAACUUUUCUGGCUCCACCAAAGUCUCUCAGAUCAGAGCCAUGUACGAGGACAUGUCCACCACCUCCUCUGCUGCACCGCAACAUGCUCCUCUUCGUCAUCAUGCAGGAGGAGGAGGAGGAGGAGGAGGAGAUCAUACUAUCCUGGACAAGUCAGCCAUUCCUCAAGAUCAGCACGACGGCGAGCGGCGAUGGGAACAGUUGGGAAGGGAUGACGCGGAUGUUGAGCAGAGGAGGAGCAACGCGGUCGACGGCUUGUCAACUGUCGAGUUUGCGCGCGAAAUUGACAAGCUGUCAACUGCCAGCAGCAGCGCUCAGCAGGGUCAAACUGCCCAGCUGGACUCGAAAGGGAUGCUGUCUUCCAUGCUGUCUGAGUACGACCACGACAUCGAGGAAAUCCUCCACCUCUACCUCAAGGAUCCUCCGAGAAAGUCAGGAGGAGGAUCAGUGGGGGGAGGAGGAAGAGGGGGAGGAGGGGGAGGAGGAGGAGGAGGAGGUGGUGGUGGUGGUGGAGGAGGAGCAGGAGGUGGAGGAGAAUCGCCUCGACGCGAGACGGCAACGACACUGGGAGCAGGAGGGAUCUCCGUGCCAGAGAAGAUGCGCUCUCCGAGGAGGCAGAAUACGCUGCGCGAUCGCAACUCGUGGGAGGAGAAGGUGGAGCAGCUGAUGUCUACAGUCGAGGGCCUCUCCGCCCAGACAGCCCGCCAGCUCCUUUCACACACGGAGGGGUCUCUGCGGCAGAGCAUCCUGAUAGCCCAAGACGCCAUGGCGAACGUGGCGCACGAGGAGAGCACGGCCUUCUCCUCGUCCUGCUUCUCCUCAAUCUCCCGCCCCUCGGAGUUCGCGCUCAUGUCCACCAGCUCCAGGGGGCAGCUGGGCGAUGACGUCAUCAGCAUGUCCCUGCUCCUCCAGCUCUCAGACAUCUCCGACAUGGCAGCGUUCUGCCGGGAGGUCAGAGCCGAGCUGAGCGCUGCGUGCCAGGUGGAGAAGUCAGACGUCCUGCUGAAGAACGUCAGGGCUGGCAGCGUCAUCGUCGACUUCUACGUGCAAGGUCAUGAGCAGGAGGACAUGGUUCAGCUGUUGAACGAGCAGCUCCAACAUCCCAACAGUCGGCUCCGUCAGGGAAGGCACACUCGUCAUGCUCUCAACUUCUUCCUCCUCGCACAUGCCGCAAAGCCGCUGGCCAGCAUGAUGCAGACCGUCUCCCUCCCUCCUCCUCACCUGCUGGACCCGGACACACUCCUUCCUCUCCAUCGCUGGACGGACGGGGUGAGUCCGAGGGCGACAAACCUGUGGGGCACUAGCAAGACGCAGGUCUACGAGGAGGGGAGGAGGCGGCGAGAGGAAGAGGAAGAGGAGAGGGAGAGUGACCUUGGGAGCUUGCCGGACUCUAGCGAUGACGGGAGAGGAGCGUGGGAUAGGAGGGGGACAACAACCUCGGGUAUGAGGAUCAGGACAGCCCGUGGAGUCGCCGACAUGAAGGGAGGAGGGGGAGGGAGGAGGAGGGGGGAGGAGAGAGGGAGCCAGCGUUGGAGCGGGAUGCUGCGCUACCGGACAGACGAGCACGUGAUCAUGCCGGGGUAUCGGGCGAGCACAGGAGGCGUGAAUGAGGAGGAGCAUCCGGUGCUGGGGACGUUCGAGGUGGUACCGAUGGAAGACGCUCCGAUGGAUGUUGUCAGGAAGCGAAUCUGUGGGGAGAUCUCGCGCAUGCUCUUGCUGCCAGAGGACGGCUUUGAGCUUCUUCAGCUCCGCUCCAUCGGUCGCCGUCGCCUGCGCGCGUCUGUCCUUCUUCACAAGCACGGGGACAGCAGCGGGGAGGAGCUGUGGAGGAAGAUGAGGAAGCUGAUGAUGGACGGCCGGUACAUUCCCGCAGACAGAAGGCUGAGGUUCACGCUGCUGGAUGACGCGGAGGGGAGGCAGCAGGAGGACGAGAACGGCAGGGAACUUUUUCUGCUCUGA